AUGUUCAAGAAAGUGGUGGUGGGCAUAUCCGGAGGUGUUGACAGUGCCGUCAGUGCAUUCCUUUUAAAGGAAAAUGGUUUCAAAGUACUGGGAGUCUUUAUGAAAAACUGGGAUGAAUUCGAUGAGAUGGGCAAAUGUUCGGGUGAACAAGAUCUCUUAGAUGCUGAAUAUACGUGCAACAAGUUGGGCAUUGAACUGCGGCAGGUUAACUAUGUCAAGGAGUAUUGGAAUUCGGUAUUUACAAACUUUUUGGAAGAUUAUCAAAUGGGUUUGACACCAAAUCCGGAUAUUUUGUGCAAUAAACACAUUAAAUUCGAUUUAUUCUAUAAACAUGCCUUGGAACGUCUUCAAUAUGAUGCCAUUGCCACGGGUCAUUAUGCCAAAACGAAUUUUGGUCCAUUUCUAGAAAAUUACAAAGAAAAUGAAGAUGUCCGCCUCCUUAUACCCCAUGACACAUUUAAGGAUCAAACUUUUUUCCUUUCUGGCAUACGCCGAGAAUCAUUGCGAAAAACAAUGUUCCCAUUGAGUAAUUAUUUGAAAUCGGAAAUAAAGGAAAUUGCCAAGAAAUGUGGCCUGGAAAGAUUAACCCAAAAGAAGGAAAGUACGGGCAUUUGUUUUGUUGGCAAUCGCGACUUUAAGGAAUUUAUAAAAGAGUACAUUGCCUCAAAGCCCGGUGAUUUUGUGGAUAUUGAUAGCAAUUUGGUGGUGGGCCAACAUGAAGGCAUUCACCAAUGGACGGUGGGUCAACGAUGCCGUUUGAAAUCCUUUCGCAAACCCUAUUAUGUAGCACAAAAAGAUGUUGCCACCAAUACGAUAUAUGUUGCCUAUGGUCAUGAACAUCCUGCCCUUUAUGCAAAUCAAAUUUUUGCCACAAAUGUUAAUUGGUUAUGUUCUGAAAAUCCUUUUGAGGCUGUGGAUGCUGCACCAUUACGAUGUCGUUUCCGUUUUCAACAUACUAAACCAUUAGUCGAUUGUACUGUUUAUAGAAAAUCAUUAAAUAAUGAUACGGAUAUUAUGGUAAUACUAGACAAGCCAUUAAGGGCUGUUACCCCAGGACAAUAUGCGGUAUUUUAUAGCGAGUCGGAAUGUUUGGGUUCGGCACGAAUUGUUGAGGCCAUAAAUGAUAGUGGCGAGAGGCAUGUGGAGAAUUUAAAAAAUAUUUUAGAAAAUUCAUGA